UGAAAAUUUGCAGAAAAUGUUGAUUUUUGUUAAAACAUUUGUUUUUACGAUUUAGUGUUUACUAACAUUCAGCCGACCAUGCCAACCAAGGCGGUUUGUUUAUCAUCAAAAGAACGGUCUAUUCCAGCUCGCCCCAAAAACUUCUUGAAAAUCAUGAACAGCGCCACCGCUUGACUCAAUUCAAGUUAGUGAUCCCGCCAUUCAACAACAGUCAGACGACAGUGUUCAAUAGUUAUUGUAUGUACAGAGCAGUACACAUCAUAUCAUACUGCAGCAGUGAAUGGAAGUGGGCUGUGAUGUGGCCCAACCACUGACUGAACCUCUCUCUACCACACAACGAACUUUGAAGACGUCUUCCAUUUCCUGUUUACAAAAAGAAGAGAAGAAUGUAAAGUAAGUCUUCCUAAGAACUGUGAUGUGGAAGUUCAGUCGGAGUGAAGCAAUAAGAUCAUCCCACCAUGUCAAGCAAUGUCAAGAAACUCGCCAAGACACGGCGCAUCAGUCGCAGUAGUAUGUCAGCAUCCGUCUUGAUUAAAGAACGCUGGCGCUCAACAUCGGAACGUCUCUCGGAGGCUGCCGAGCUUGUGUCGGCAUUCAUCAACAGAAACACAUACACCGCUGCUACUUUCCUCGGACUGGGUAAAUUCGUUGAUACCCCACACACUGAAGAGAUGGUGGUGCAGCAGACAAGGGUGUUGUGCCGCGACUAUAUCUUUGCUAAACUCCGAGAGCGUUCUCUUCUUAAACACGAUAUCUACCCUCCCGGUCUGGAAGCGAAGGAUGUCGUCUCUGCCUGCCACCCCAGGGGCCACAGUGUUUCCUGCGGGGCAUGCGACGUUUCCCGAGAGCUCGUCUCCAUCACUCAAGAGUUCGACAAGAUGUAUCCGUACCUCUUCCGCGACGUCUGUACCUACUUACGCAUUAAUUUCCAGACAGGCACACAGCUUCAAACGGUCUUUGUAGCGGUCGCCGCUGAACUGUUUAGACGUAACAUCACAUGGGCGCGGGUAGUGGCACUGUUUGCCUUUGCUGGGGCACUGGUUGUGGAAUGCGUUGAAAAUGGUCAUGUGAGCUAUGCUAACGUGGUCGUCGACUCGAUGCAAAAGUUCACACGCCGGAGAUUGGCAGCCUGGAUUGUCAAGCAAGGAGGAUGGCCUGCCUUGGUUCAUCACAUCCAGAGUUAUCGAGUGUCAUCAGCAAGACUCUGGUUCCUCACCAUCAUUGGAGCAGCUACUGGAAUAGCUGUCUCACUGGGCUUCCCUUAACGGUAAAGUAAAGUGAUACGCAGUCAACACUGAAGCAUUUUCAUGCAACUAGCAGGGUGCAUAUAAUUAUGUAGAGAACACCUUACAAGGCUUUAGUGUGUGUUACCAUGGAGCAAUAAACUGCUCCAUGGUGUUGCCAAGUUAUUUACAUCAGAGUUAAAAUGUAGUGUAUACCAGGAAGCUAAGGGUUUUGUACUGUGACACUGUCCGUCUCGAGUUAAGCCUAGGUUGCAAUGCUUUUUGAAAUACAUGUACAUGUAAUCCUCCAAAUCCUCCAGUGGGGGAGUCGUGCAUAUUAAACGGCAUUACAAUAUUAUUAUAUGGAAUUCAGAAUUUCUUUUCCUUUUUGAAAUAAUCUUCUAGAAGGGAACAUGAUGUGCAAUUAUGGUGUUAUUAUGACUAUACAGUAGUCUCGUCUCAAGACAGAAAUUGGUGGUGUUACAGUACAAAACCCCUUGCUGCAGUGCCUUAAAAAAUACGCAACAAUUUAGACUUAAUUUUUUUGGUGAACUCUGAAUGCUUAUAUUGAGAGGAAGUAAAUGCCAACUUUUUAUUAGCAAUGGAAAUAUUUUGUGUAGCAUUUUGCUCUAACUAUCAACGGGAAAUCAUUCACUGGAUAUUUUGGCUAUUGUUUAAUAAAUUUAAAACUAUUCUUCAGAAAUUAUAAUGGUUUACAAAAAUUAUUGCAGGUGUACUCUCUUUAACAGUCAACAGCCAAAGGUUUAUAUUUUUCGAAUAUUCGUCCCUUUUAUACAAGUUUUGUAAACUGAUUUUCUAACAGUAAAGUUUUUUAGAUCUUUUCAGAGUAUUUUAUUGCAUGGUAGCUUAUGUACUUGUCCGUAUCGGACAUGGUGGCUUAUCUGCUGAUUGUUUGCUAAAUGUAUUUAAUUGUAUACCAAUACAAAACCAAGGGAACUACUAACUAAUUAAAAGAGUAGUAUAGACCCUAUUCACGAUGCACAGCGCACAUGUACGCACCCAUGAUCCUGUCCGCCAUAUUGUGUGUCAAAACGUGCACAAAAGAAUGGACUUGUCUUGCUUGAAUUGCCAGUGUUUUAAUUCCAUCAUUGGUUUACAGUUGUUCUAGGUGUCACAUUUUUACAUUCGUUGUUUCUUAUUCUGUUAUAUUUUUGCGGUAAUACUAUAUCCUGUACGCUUUGUUGAUAUCUUGGCCGAAUAAAUAAUAAUAAAAUAAUAACAACUCCCCUAAAAGGCAGAAAAUGGUAGACACGCAUUGUUCGUGUACACCAGCCUUUUGUGCACGCCUUGACACACAAAAUGGCGGAAAGGAGACGCGCCGUGUAUGUUCACUGCGCGUUGUGCAUAGGGUCUUAUUGUCGCUAGUGAAUCACUCACUACUUCAUGAUUUGUGCAACUCAUAAUCAUACAUGUUAAACCAAUGUUUGUGAUGAGAGAGAUCGGCUGUUGCCAGCUUGGGGUGCAUUUUGGCGGUCGUAACCAAUAACUGUUCGGUUGAACUUGCCAUCGGUUAACCACUGGCCAGUGACCGAAACAGUUGUUGGUUACGACGGCCAAAACGCACCCUUGGUGUUUAUUUUCACUUUGUGGGAGUUUUUUUUAAGUUCCCUAGCCUGGAAGAUCAUGUAAUCAAACAAACGAUGUGCCUUCUCUUGAAAACCCCAUAAUAGUUAUUAGUUAUGAUUUUACCCUUGUACACCGAUGUGUGUUAGCACUGUAUGUACAUGUGUAUGUAUACUCAGUACAUUCCCAGAGUUCUGUGAAAAC